AUGUCUACCAACUCAGACACCAUGCCUGGCGUUAUCCUCCACCUUUCAUCAGAUGAUCUUGAUGUUUUGCUUGAUAAGAAGCUACAGCCUAUUUACACUAUGCUGGCUACUAUUAUCAAGAAACUUGAUGAUCUUACCGACCGUGUUGAGGCAGUUGAAGGCCUGGCGAAAAAGAUCCCGGACAUGGAAACUUUCUUUACGCUCAUUCCCAUGUCGGGCUGGACCUUUGAAGAGGCGAUCGUGACAAACGCCGAGGCGAUGGUUGGGUGCGCUGAUGGAGGUGGUGGAGAGAUGUCAUAUGGGCGUGGUUGGAGGUGA